CCGUUUCUCCUACUGUUCUCUCUCGCUCUCUCUCUCUCUCUAUGUCUCUCUCUCUCUCUCGUUCAGUAGCAGAGUUCUCGGCUAAACCAUAGCGGCAAAAACCAAUACGACGUCGUGGAGAAGCUUUGUUUUUCCUGCGGACCAAGAUGGUACUCCUCCACCACCAAAUUCCUUCACGGAAAAGACCAUCUUCGUUCGUCCCUCCAUUAGCUCCCAACAAAACAUCCAAAUCCACCACCAGCAGCAGUGCUCCACAAACCGACGCCGUAAUAGGAGCCACCACCACCGAAACCGAGAAGAUGGUCGCUGUUUUGGCCGAAGCGGGUUGCACACUCAUCAAUCCCUCUGGUCCACCAUGCCUUCCCGCCGACCUCCACAAGCUCCGUCGCCAUCUCCAACAUUCCUUUUCCUAUUCGGAUAAUGCCACUGCGCUUCGCUCCGAAUUCCUCGCCGGCUUUUCCUCCUACCUUCAGUCCCCCAGAAACCUCCGCAGGGUACUCACUCCUGCAAAAGGCGAUGGUUUUGGUUCCACGAGGAGCGAGAGCUUAGCCCGAAACCUAUUGCUGGUCCCUUCUAUCCAACUAGACCUUCUGAAUAUGCUUCUCGAGAAACUUCCAGAGUAUUUCCAUGAAGAUUCUGGAACAUCUUUGACUCUGGAAGACGAUGUUCCCAGGCUUAUCAUCAACCAUUUCCGGUGGCUUGAUUUCGUUGUCGAUCCUAAUGCCUUCACUGAUAAAUUGAUGCAAGUGCUUUCCAUUUGUCCUCUCCACUUGAAGAAAGAGAUUAUCGGAUCGUUGCCGGAGAUCAUCGGCGAUCAAAACAAUAAAACAGUGGUUGAAUCCCUUGAACAAAUGCUUCAAGAGGAUUCUAGUAUAGCUGUGACGGUUCUCGAUUCCUUUUCCAACCUUAAUCUGGAUGAUCAGUUGCAAGAACAGGUAACCACUAUAGCAUUGUCAUGCAUCAGAACAGUUGAUGAAGAGCACAUGCCACAUCUGCUUAGGUUUCUGCUUCUUUCGGCAACACCGGCAAAUGUUCGAAGAAUUAUCUCUCAUAUUCGUGAGCAGUUGAAAUUUGUUGGUGUAUCAAAUUCUCGUGCAAUGCAACAAAGUAAACUCAAAGGCAAGUCACAUUCGAAAAGCACAGAGGCUUCUAUUCUCGAGGCAUUGAGAUCCAGUCUUCGGUUUAAGAAUACACUAUGUCAGGAGAUUCUGAAAGAAUUGAACUGUCUUCAGAAACCUCGGGAUCACAAAGUGAUAGACAUAUGGUUACUUAUGCUCAUUCACAUGAAUGGUGAGUCCCCGCAAAAGAACGUUGAGAAAAUGUUCAAGAAGAAGAUUAUGGAAAGUUGUAUUCAGCCAGCUAUGUUUGAUCAGUGUAUUUGCGGACACAAGGACUUGGCACAGGAUUAUUUUCCAUCAUUUAUAUCUCUAUCUGAAUACCUGUUGGCUUGCAAAGAAAAGGAAGCCAGAGAGUUUGGCAUUCACAUGUAUACCUGUCUGUUCAACGAAUUUGAUGACUCUUACUCAAGACAGGAAGUUCUUGGUUCACUUGUUACUAAUGUUGGAUCUGGUGUUAGUUACAUUGUGAGUUCUGCUUUAGAGACCAUGUCUUUGCUAGCCUCAAAGUAUGCUCAAGAAUUGAUUCCUCUUUCUUCUCACAUUAGUGGGAUCUUAGAUUACUUGGAGGGAUUUAAUGUUGAGAAUCUGCAUAAGGUUUAUGAGGUUUUCAGUCAUCUGGCAUUGUUGGUUCGAACUAAUGCAGAUUCAUAUGGAUCUUCCUUUGCAAAUGAACUUUUUCUGAUAGUCCGGAAACAGGUAAGCCAUCCAGAACUCAAGUACAAGAAGAUGGGCCUUAUAGGAACUCUAAAGAUAGUUUCUGGUCUUGGGGAUGCAAAUAGUAUCAGCUGUUCAUCCUUGUCUCAGAAAUCAAACUCUGAGGAGGCUUUGGAACUCUUGAAAAUGUCCUUGGACUCCUGUAAACAGUUGCCCUUAUCAUUGAUAACAUUUUAUGAUGAAAUGACAGUAAUGAUGGACUCUAAAACUCUUCAUCCAAUAAUCAUGGAAUGGGUUGGGAAACAUGUAGGAGAGUUUGAAUCCAUAUUUCUAUCUGAUCUUGAUGGUGGGAAAUUGCCUGUUAAGGACUUGUAUUGUGGUUUAGAAGGGGAACUUUGGAUGAACUUGGAUGGUGAUAUAUCACCCAUUUGUCUUAGCAUAUUGCCACUGACUUCUUCUUCCUUGCAGUCCAGUUCUUUACAAGUUCUUCCUGCUAACUUCCUUUUACUAUCUACUGUUGAAAGGAUGACAAAUCAAGGAUCUCUUGGUGGAAUUGAUGCACUACUUGGCUGUCCUUUGCACCUUCCUUCCUCUAAGUAUUUUUUUGGAGCUGGAUGGAAGUCCUUAACGGGGAAGCAGAAACAGAUUAUGGGCCUCUCUCUCUACUAUGCUUUUAACUGGAUACAUGAACUACUCAAUGCCUUCUGUACUCAAGUUGCUGGAAGAUUUGAACUUACAAGUCAGGCUACAAAAGAUGAUAUAAUUGCGAAGCUACUGAAGCGAUUAAGGAACCUUGUAUUUCUGGAAAGCCUAUUGAACUACUUUCUUCAACGGUGUGCUCUAUCUCUUCCUGAGCUCCAUCUUUAUGUGGAUCACUGUGGAUCGGUUCUCUUAAAACAACCUCAAGUGGGUCAUGUGGAGAAGAAAAAUGUCCAUAAGAAAACUCAUGAUGAUGCCUUAUCAGACAGUAAGAGAAAACGUAAAAAGAUUUCAAAUGCAUUGACAAGUUCAGAUAGUAAAGGAAAACUCCGGCAGCCCACAAUAUUGGAUGUGUUGAAGAAACCAGGAGCUUCAACAAGCCAAGAGAUGCCAAAUGGGAAUUCUUCUGAUUUAACUUCUAAGGCCAACUCUGUUGAGCCAUCACAGCAGCAUCCCUGUGGCUCUGAUGAGCAAGUGGUCGUAGAAAUCUCUGCAGUUGCCAAGGCUCUUGAAGCUCAUAGACACAAAUUCAGGCAUAUCCUGGUCCAAUGCUUUUCCAUUUUGACUUUUUCAAAGUGUCAAGAUUCUUGCUGUCCUGAUUCUGCUGCUGAGUUACCGCUAUUUCUGUACCUUCUGCGUGAUCUUCACCACAAGCUGGAUUGCUUUACUCCUCCUGGGAAACAAUUCCCAGGAAGAUGCAUGAGUGCUUCAAUCAGGUUCACCCCGAUGACAGUGGGUGAAUUCUUGAGCGAAAUCAGGCCACUAUUUCCAAGUCUUAGGAAGCAUUUUGAUACUGCUUUUUGUUUACUUAAAGGAGGUGAUGAAAUUUGUCAAGAACAUUGGAAAAUUCAAUCUAUUUCAGCUGGGAACCCAGAUAUACCAAAUCUAGUACUUUCAACAUCAGCAGUUUCUACUUCGGUCUUUAAAGAAAUACUUCAUUGUUUUUGUAAGAUAAUAAACCUUCCUGAUAUUCAGAUGGACAAAGCAAUUCUCUCAUACCUACUUGAAGCCUUCCAACCUAUCAAUAUACCGGAUGAUAUCUUUUCAGGCAUGCAGCUGAAUCUAUCUCCUGGGACCAUAGAGUAUUUAUAUUUUGGUGCUUAUUUGUUUGUUGAAGGUGUCUUGGACGCUGCAUGUUCUUUCUCCUUCAUGCUGGCCUCAGAAUCUCUUUUCACUUUAGAAUCAAUUGUGACCUCGGUCCAAACUUUCCUUGUUAUGCUGGAGGGAAAUGGUAACCACAUGAACUCGGGUUUUGUUGAGGGGGCAGUUCCUAUCUUGAAAAAGAAGCUUGAAACAUCUGCUCAGAAGCUUUUGAGGCAUAAAUGGGAUGGUGAAAAUCUCGAGAACGGUUGGAGGAGCAAAGGAGAAGUAGUACAGAAGAUACUGUGCAUUUACUUGGAAAAUAGUGAUUCCACUUCUGCAUUGCUGGAUGAGCUGGCCUGCUCUAUUCUGCCUCAGGCUUCUUCAUGCAAAGGAAUGGAAGAAGAAGAUUAUCAUGGUUUUCCGACUUUAAGUGCUGCAACAUUUAUUGUAUGGUAUAGGGUACUGCAUGAAAGGAAUCUGGCCGUGCUUAAUAGAUUGGCUAAGGAAGUUGUCCACCUUCGGAAGCCCAGGGCUGGUGCUCAGCAUGACUCUGUAGAUGAAAUACUGGUGAACCUACAGCAGUAUGUGAAUGUGGUGGUAUCAUUAGUUAGCCUGUGCAGGACAUAUGACAAGGUUACUGUGCAUGCCAUGGCUGUCAAGUAUGGUGGGAAGUUUGUUGAUACCUUCUUGAAAGUUUUUGACUUCUUGAAGACUCACUUUGAAGUGCAUAACAAGUGUAUACUCCAAAUGGUGAAAGAGCUGCAAAAGGCUACAAGAACAAUACAGACCUUAUGUUCUGAAGCCAAGGGCUUGAAACGAACUGUUAUAACUAGCAAAAUUCCUGCUACAAAGAGAUCUAUGGAACGCUUUUUAUUCCAUGUCAAGGCUCUUCUCCAUGAAACAUCAAGCGGAUGCACUUUCUGGAUGGGCAAUCUAAAACAUAAAGACUUAACAGGGCAGGUGGUCAGCUCCCAGGCUUAUGCAAAUGAUCAAGACGACAAUACUGGUGAAGAUAUGCUGGAAGUCAAUGAAAAUCCACUUGUAACUGUUGCUAGUGAAGAGGAGAAAGAAAUGGAAUAACAGGUGCUUGCCUAUCAAAAAUUUUAGGAAUAUCUACUGCAGAAAGCCAAAACGUGCAAAUACGAAAUUCCUAAUAACUUCAAUGUUACAACAUCUGGAGCUUGUGAACAUAGGACAAUAAUAUGUGCAUGCAUGAUGGAAAAAGGCAUGAAUUGCCCUGUGCUAAUUUGUUUCACUUGGAUUAUAGGCCGAAAUGGGGGAUAUUUAAUGGCAUUUAUGCUAAAAUGUUGACGAUUCAAUAUCUUAAUAUUCCCUACAGUGUCAAGAGCUCUAAUUUGCUAUCAAAAUUUCCAUCAGGUGUGUUUUAUGUGUGCUGUUGAUCAGCUUUUGGCUUUGUGAAGCAUGAUGCACAGUACCUUGAUCAUGGCCCCCUUACACUCAUUUUGAACCAUGCAUGGCCUUAUACCAUAUGUUUCUUUGUAAAUAGGAUUACUGUACAGGCUUGUUGAAAUCUAGAUUUUAGGUUUGAAAGAAGAAUACAUGGUUGCGUAACGUAUUAUAAUGUGUAUUUUCAAAUGCUUUUUACCUACCAAUAGAAGAGCACUUGCAAAAUUUGCAUUAUGUAUAGUUAUGUAUACUUCUGAAUUUAGAUUCAGAUCCUGAGUCUCAAACUGUGAAUGUUUUCCUAUCAUUAUUAUGGAUGAAACUCGUAAAGAUGUGAACUAGUAAUGGUUAUGAUUCAAAGGUCAUGCAGAGGAAAAGUUUUCCAAGAUGUUCCUUGGGGAGCAUGCACCGGGCCGGCACAACACUGGGUUACUGAUAAAAGGAGAAAAACUGGAACGAAGGAUUUCACGGUGUUUUUUAAUUGUGGAGCUUGUUUGUUUUGGACUAUGGGGCUGCAGCUUGGGCUUAAGGGUAUUUAUAUGAAGAGGGCUUGGGCUAGGUUUGAACAAAAAGGGCCUAUAAAGUAAACGAAAUUUGGCAGUUGUUGGUUUGUCGGGGAAUUUGGUCCAAUACCCUCAUAGGGACGAGGUUAAUGAUUUUUGGCCUCUCAUUUAAUAUUUUUCUUUUUUCUACCCUUUCAAUUUUUGAUAAUCCCAAAAUACUCUUAUAUCCAAAUUAAAUAUUUUUAUUUAUUUUUUUUUUCUAUGUUUUUUUCUUUCUUUUCUUUAUUCGACUUUUCUCUUCUCCUUAUAAUCAAUAUCCAGCCCAUUAGGGGUCCUCUGUUUCCUUUCGCAUCGGCCGGAUUGUAAGCUUGGAAACUGUGCGUUUUGAAGGAAUGGUGAAGAGGCGACUCGGAGAGAAAACUGCAGGGUUUUAGAGAGCCCUAGGAGCAGAAACAGAAGCAAUAGGUAGGCAACAGCAAAGUAGGAAAGCAUGAGGCUCAUUCGAUCAAUCACUGGGCAACGUAAUUCACUGCUGCGAGAGGUGGGACGGCGAUACUUCAGUGCAGUUUCAAUAGAGGAAUACGCAAGGAGGAACUACGCAAGCAAUGUCUCUGAGUAUAACACUGUUAUUGGUUCUCUCACCGCGCAGAGAAGGCAUUUCUUGCUGAGAGAUGUGUAUGAUGAUAUGAUGCUAGAUGGAGUACAGGCAACUAGGGAUACAUUCCAUUCUUUCAUUGUUGGAACCAUGAAAAGCUCUUGCUUGCAGGACGCUUUCUACUUUUCUGACCAAAUGAAAUCCAUGGGUUUGGUCCCUGAUGUAUAUAUUUGUAUAUAUAUGCUUCUUCUUUUUUUUUUUUUUUUUUCGUUUUUGUUUUUUUUUCACAUGGAUCUGCAUUAAUUCUUAUCUGCUGACUAUUAGAUUCUUUCAAGAUUGGAAAUUUUGUAUAAAGUUACUUUGCGUUUUUUUUUUCUUUUUUUUUUUCCCCUAGCUAUUACAAUGUAUUGCUUUGUGUUAUAGGUUACUUUAUACAACAUUUUAGUUUCUUGAUGUAGUGCAGAUGAACUCUGUCACUGUUGACUCGAGGCCAAAGUGCUUAGUUGGUAUUAUUUUUUAUGGUUACCCUUCUUAUUCUAGAAUGUAUGCAGAAGAAACAAGUUACUACUUUUUCUCUAGGUGAUUGAUGAAAUAGAUGGAGCUCUUGGUGAUGGCAAAGGUGCUGUGGAGGUUAUUCUAAAAAUGGUUUCUGCAGAUAAGAAGUCUGAUACAGGGAAGGAGAAUUUUCCAAAUGAAGAAAAUCAUGAAAGUACAUAGGAAGUUUAUCAUUCAUAUGGAGUUUCCUUUUCAUGAUUCCCUGGAAAAUGGGUUCAUAUAUUUGUUCAACCAACAGUUAAUCGUGUUGUCAGCAGGUAUCAAAUUGGUCUCCGUUUUAGUGGAGGUGCCCCGUAUGCUUUUAAUGCUGUCAUUAAAGUUUGGCAUUAUACCAAUUGUGGUGCCAGUUGGUGUUCGAGAUUUUGACAUUGAUGGGGAACAUUGGGUCAAUUCGGGAUUGAUACCAACAAAGGCUUUUGUAGGAGCUGUAAUAUUCUCUAGAAGUUGUAAUAUUCUCUAGUUUUUAUUCAUAAAACACUUGUACAAUUUCCUCUUGCUAAUUCAGAUUUUGUUUUUAGUUUUUGUACAUGAUUCUCUUGUCAAUAUGAUGUGUAAGGAUUCAAUUUC